CCCGGGGCCCGCUAGGGCGUCUGCCCGCCACGGAGCUCCCCCCCCCCCCCCCCGCUUCUCCUCCGCGGCGGCUCGGCCAUGGCCCCCCUCCUCUUCCUCCUCCUUCUCGUGGCCGCAGCCGCCACGUCGCCGGGCCGCCUGGUCCCUUACGACCUGCUGUACGCGGACGGGGUGCGGGCCUACUUCGCCCGGGACUGGGGGCGGGCGGUGGAGCUGCUGCAGCGCGCCCUCCACAGCUACGCGGGGCUGCGGGAGGCCCGCCGCGCCUGCCGCGCCGCUUGCCGCCGGGAGGCGGCCUUCCUCGGCGGGCCGCCGGGGGCCGGGCCCUGGGAGGCCGCCCUCUUCGGCCGGGUGCUGCAGCGCGCCGACUGCUUGCAGAACUGCCUGGGGCUCCGGCUGGGCGCCGCGCCCUCGGCCCACCGCGCCAGCCACACCAUCCGCCGGGACUUCGAGCAGAGGGAGCCCUACAACUACCUCCAGGUGGCCUUCUUCCAGCUGAAGAAGCUGGAUCAGGCCGUGUCUGCUGCUCACACCUUCUUCGUUGCUAAUCCCCAGCACCUCCAAAUGCGGGAGGACAUAGAGAAGUACCGGCGUAUGUCAGGGGUGAAGUCGGACAACUUUCGGGACCUGGAGGCCACGCCGCACUGGGAAGCAUAUGAGGCUGGGGUACAGCACUACAAUGCAGAUGAGUACCUGCAGGCUGCAGCCAGGCUGGAGGAGUCACUCACGGAGGCGCUGUCAGCACUGGAAGAGUGUCGUGCCCUGUGUGAAGGGCCUUGGGAGGAUGAGGACAAGGAGGAGGAGAUGCAACCUGGCCUGUAUGAAGCUAUUGCAGCCCAUUAUAUUCAGGUUUUGAAGUGCAGACAGCAGUGCAUCCUUGAAAUUGCCACAAAGCCGGGGCGGAUUUCUGCCACGGAAGAUUUCAUACCCUCUCAUCUUGAUUUACUGCAGUUUGCCUACGAUCAAGUUGGGAACCAGGCACUCGCUGCUGAAUGUGCUGCUUCCUACUUGCUCUUCUAUCCCACGGAUGAGCCAAUGUUGGAGAAAAUGAAACAGUAUCGCAUAGAACUGGGAGAGGACACAGCUGUCACAGCCAGAGAGACUAUUCAACAUUAUGUGAAGAGAUCUCUGAUGGAGAAGAGAUUGAUUUAUUAUGCAGUGGAGCAUCUAGGAGGAACUUUUAACGACCCUGAUCUUUGGACUCCAGAUGAGCUGAUUCCUGAAAACCUAAAGGAGAAACACAGAGAGGAUCAGGAGAAGCAAAAGCAGGAAACUCUGGAUGUGGAAGAGAGGAAGAAGAGGGGUCCUUUGCCUUUUGAGGGUAUUACUAUCACAGUGGAUUCCCACCAGAUGAAUGGAACCCAGAGGGUUGUGUUCGACAGAGUGCUGACAGAGUCUGAGUGUAAGGACCUUCUCCGACUGACAAAGGCAGCAGGAGAAGCAGGAGAUGGCUACCGGGCAAGACGGUCACCUCACACACCACAUGAGAGAUUUGAAGGGUUAACUGUUUUGAAGGCCAUGCAGCUGGCCCAGAAUGGGGACGUGGACUGGAGAGAUGCCAGAUUGCUUCUGCAGGCCAGUGAGAAAUCGCGGAAAAUCAUAGAGUCCUAUUUUACUCCUGGGAAGAAACUCCAUUUCUCAUUUACACACCUUGUGUGCCGCACGGCUGUAGACGGGGAACAGGAAGGCCGCAUGGAUCUUAGUCAUCCUGUCCAUGCUGAUAAUUGUCUCUUGGAUCCUGAGGGGCAAGAGUGCUGGAGAGAACCGCCUGCCUACGUGUACAGGGACUACAGUGGCAUUCUCUACCUCAAUGAUGACUUCCAAGGUGGGGGCCUUUUCUUCACUGAAAUGGACACUGUGACCGUCACAGCUGAGGUGCAUCCUAAGUGUGGGAGGCUGGUAGCCUUCAGCUCUGGCAAGGAGAACCCCCACGGCGUGUGGGCAGUGACCCAUGGAAGGCGCUGCGCCAUUGCUCUCUGGUACACACACUUCCAGGAGCAUGCUGAGCAGGAGCGGGUGAAGGCAGAGGAGCUGAUGGAGCAGAUGGCUGUGGAGCAGGACCAGUCUGAUGGAGAAGAACAUCAGGCGGCUGACGGCACCAGAAGAUCCUCUUCACAGCCUCCCUUUCCCAACAGCGGAGCCAGGCCCAUCACCCAGAGACACAAGCCUGGCACAGACAGGCUGCAGCACCCCAAGGAGCUGCGGGCCAGAGAUGAGUUCUGAGUAUGCGGGACCCCCAGGGCAGGACUGGCAUACACCAUGCCCUGGCAGGGCCGGGUAGCACCAGGACCACAGAGGCCUGGAGCAGUGUAUUAGCAUGCUAGAGCUGUAGUGAUGGGGAGGGAUGCAGCUUUCUUCUCUGACAUCCCAGCAGCUGAAAAAUGUGAGCAGGGACUGAGUAUUAAAGUCAGUGACACUAGGUACUUUCUUCACUGCCUCACCACCAUGUUUGUGUCACUCAGAAGUAAGAAGGCAGGGUCUCUUCACCCCGCUCCUCUCGAUGCCAGCUUCUUGGUCAUGCAGGGCCAAAUCUGAGAGAGGAAGGAGCCUUGGGUCUUUCAGCAAGGGCUCUCUAACAUUCAGGAACUCGAAACAGAAGCCUCUGAAUGUCCUAGGCACCUGCAAACUCCAGAACCUCGCAAUUGGUCUGAGGGAAGGUGAGGGACUGUGAAUAUAUGGAAUAAAAGUAAAAUGCUGGACACAGA